GCUCCCUCCCACCACUUGACCCCCAUGGAUCCCUCAUACCGCAUCGUGCCCUCCAAGGCGCCCAAGACCGCCUCCGUGGCCGACACCGCCAACUCCUUCGGCCUCCACGACACCCUCCGCUUCGGCACACGCACUCUCGUCGCCGAGCUCCAGUCCCACAACUCGCUCCAGGGCCGCCUCGAAAACUGGGAAGAGACCCAGGACAAUCUCCAGCUAACCAUGCAGCGCGAGAUCUACGGCUUGCACCUACCCAUGCGCCAGCUAAUGGAGCGCAAGCUCGUAUCCGCCAACCCGCACAUGCCCUCCUUUCCCCAAUCCAACAUCCAUCUCGACAUCCUCAUGGGCCGCGACGAGACCAUCGACGUCGCCGACAUCUUUGGCGGAUUGGAAUCAGGUCCUCCCAUGGACAUCCACGCGGAGAUGGAGAAGAAGCUGCGCAUGCGGUGAACCAGAUGUAUGAGACCGUACUGUACGAUGUGCAGAUCCGU